UGCGGCACCGUGACAUCAGGUCAGCUGAUCUCUGCUGCACCAAGGAGAAAGAUGUCGCUGACAAACUGGAGAAGGAUGGAGGCUGUUUUAUCCGUGGCGUUUGCCCUCUGCUUACUUGUCACAAGUGGUGUACAUGGUGACAGUUUAACGGUGCUGCAGUCUCCAGAGUUUGUGUCCUUCCAGAAAGGAGACUGGUCUAUCUCUGGAGAGAAGAUCCCUGACCUGGUGGCUUUAACCAUGGGCUUCUCUAUUCAAGAGGAUCUGUCCUGGCCAGGCCUUAAGGCUGGUCCGUUGUUCCAGCGUCCCCGGGCUAACGUACUGGUGGUGGUGAGAGGAGUCGAUAGCCUGGACCUGCCUCAGAGUGUGGCCUCCUACCCCUUGGAGAAUCCGGUACCCUUCACCUUGGAUACUGUCGCAGAGACAGUACACUCUCUGUUUGCUGAGGACACCCCUGUAGUGCUGCAGCUGGCCCCGAGCGAGGAGAGGUUGUAUAUGCUGGGCAAGGCCAAUGCUGUGUUUGAGGACCUACCAGUCACUUUGCAGCAGAUCCGUGCCCGUCUGUCCCAGGAUGGCUCAGUGCUGGCGUCCCUGCCGCUCAACACCCUCAGCAGAAAGGCAGAGGCUGAUUUGCUCUUCCUCUCUGAGGUCCAAGUACUGCAUGAUAUCACAGCUCUGCUGCAGAGACACCGACAUUUGGCGAAGGACCACUCUCCUGACCUGUACUCCCUGGAGUUAUCUGGCCUGGAGGAGCUCAACAGGCUCUAUGGCAAAGACUCUCCCCAGUACCACGAUGCCACUGCCAUUCUCUCCUCUGUCCUGCAGAAAUUUGGAGAGGAUGUGUAUGGUCUCUAUGGCAACAGCGCUGUGGUGGAGGUUGUUACAGUUAAGACUUUUGAGGCUCCUUUGACCAGGAAGUCCCGUUCAAUCCUGGAAUCCAAACAGAUUAGUAACCCUGGCAGCCCUUACAACCUGGCCUACAAGUACAACUUCCAAUAUGCUGUGGUCUUUAACAUCGUGCUGUGGCUGAUGAUCGCUCUGGCCCUCGCCGUCAUCGUCACUGCUUACAACCUGUGGAACAUGGACCCAGGAUACGACAGCAUCAUCUACAGGAUGACCAACCAGAAGAUCCGGAUGGACUAAGUCCUGACCGGCAACACUCCGGCCGUCCUCUGAGAUCCCUAUAGUGAAUGUUUGUGUUUUGUGUGUGAGGUCUUGUUUAGUGAAAAAAAACUGUGACCGCUUGAAGGGAGGAAGGGCGUUGCACUGAGUCGCCUCUUUGUUUACAACGCUGACAUGAUACCGGACAAAAAAACAUAAACAUUACAGUAGUGGUUCUUAAAUGAACCUACAAGAAUAUAUCCUCCUCCACUGGUGUAUACACUGAACACUUUCAGACUUCCUCUCUUCAACCUUAGCUCGCAUCAUUCCUUCAGACUUUGACUCCGCACUAACUACGUUUGGUUUGUUUCCCCGGUGAUUGCAACUAUUUUUUAUUGUAAAAAAACUAGUGUAAUAUGAAAGAAUGAGUCUGGUUCUUGUGUGAAAUUUUUGUGGUUGUUUUUGCUGUGUGAAACUGUUUUAAGUUAAAUGAAAUCUAUGUGUAUAUAUUGAAUAUACAAAUGCAAAUGUAAGAGAAACUGCUGUACUCUUAUUGUGAAAAAGAUUUGUGCAGUGUUUAUUCCAGGUAGGUUUCACCCUGCUAUAAUUCCAAAUGGUAAAUACAUAUUGGAUUAAAUGAAUAGUUGAUUAUUAUGUUGGUUGUUAAGAUUGGAUAAGGAUAAAUUAAGAGCUGUAAAUUGCAAUAACAUGCUUGACAAUAAAUUAUUACAUGGCUCACCCUGA